GACAUCCCCAACAACUCCGCGAGAUGCUUCGGCCUGGGGUUUCCAAUCCGCCGGCAGCAGCGCCGGCGGCGACUCCCUCGCCGCGCCCUGUCCUGAAGGCGGCGGCCCUCGUACUCUUCCGCCUGCUCAGGAACACCGUGCUCUGCGUUUUCCUAGCUGCGUUCGGCACUUGCAGCCUGGGGAUCGCCAUCCACGUCCUCGGACGCCGGAUCUGCGGCGAGGGCUCCGCCGUGGAGGAGGCCGGCUGGGCCAUCCUUGUGAGAGCGAUGCGCUUGCUGCUGCGUCUGUUCCCACCUUUCUUCCCGCUGUUCACGAGUCGCUUGUAUGAGCAUGUCAUGUUCAUCGUCGAGAAAGGGACGGACAAGAAGCAGCAAUAUCCAGCGCGAGGUGCAGCACCUCUUCUAGGCAUUGUCAAGAUGGCCACAGUUUACAUGCUGCCUUUUGCUGCCCUUGCGAUUCUUGCUAUGUGGAUGAAACUAUAUGCUGAGGAAGGAUCUCCCGAAUGGAGGGUGGGUUCUAUACUCUUCGACAGUGCAAUGUUGGCUGGUUCUUUUGUAGCUGGCUUUCUUGCCGUGCUCAUACCGAGCAUGGCGAUCCUAGUGAUGCCUCCCAAGGCAAAGGGGAUGCAGUAAAUUUCUCAAGGGUUUCCAAUGGAAGGCGGUUUUCGAAAGGUGUUUACGAGUAACAACAAGACCCAGGGAUGCUACUGUGAGCAAUGUACCUCUCACCAUUUCUAACCUACUCUGGCAUGUUAUGCGACUUAAUUACCAACCACCUCUAGCUCCUAGAAUACAUGUAGCAUGCGUGCUGUGAUGCCAUCGUAAACUUGUCUUGGCACACGAUAAAUGUGCUGCCGAUAUCUCCUGGAUUUGCUCCUAAACUUCCUCAGCUCCUCGAAUAUUAGUAUGAUGAUUAUCUGUGCGAACUUGAUUAAAUACAUAGCUCUGUAUCUUGUGAUGAGUAAUUUAUUGCCCAUUUGGUUCAA